AUGCAGUUCACCAAGUCGACUCUCGCCUUCCAGGCUCUUCUCCUUACUGUGCUCUUUGCAGGCGCCCAAGCUCAGUUCGCGAGCGACGUAACUAGCGUCUUCGGCGAUAUCACCUCUGAUGCCGCUGGCGCCUUCAACACCGCAACUUCUGGCGCCGCAAGUGUGUUCUCGGAUGGCACCUCGGGCGCCGCCGGUGCGUUCACAACCGCCACCUCGGGAGCUGCUGGCGCAUUCUCUACUGCCACAUCGGGUGCCGGUGGUGCGGCCUCCACUGCCACGUCGGGUGCCGGUGGUGCGUUCUCCACCGCAACCUCGGGUGCGGGAAGUGCGGCCUCGUCUGCUAGCUCUCGCGUAGACAGCGGCGCCGUGGUCCAGACGAUGAACUUGCCCCUCAACGCCGUGGCUGUCACGUUCAGCGUCCUCGUCGUUUCAGCUGUUGCUGGCACGCUUGUGCUCUAA